AUGUGUAAAAUAGGAUGUAGAAUUGAACCUCAAAUAUUAUUGGUAGGAAUAAUGUGCCCAGACUGCCAUUAUAACCAUAUGCUAACAGGUGAACCAAUAAUAAUGAUAACAGGUGUCCGCUUGGUCCGGCGUCCAAAAACCUUUCCUCGACCAAAGACCAAGGUUGAUAAUGCAAGCACUUCAACUGCGAUUACUCUUCAAUCGGCAUUAUUUGUGUAGGAGUUUAACUCGUCGCCGGUUCCAGAGCCAACGAUAUGUGGUCCAUCAGAGCAAUAAGCAGGACAGCAGUUCCUGGCGUUCAUUGCCCAUCGCACGAUUCAGUUUAUUGGCCUUGGGUAGCGGAGCCAUUGCCUACGAUGGUUUGGUAAAUGAGUUCACCUACUGCGGAGCUGCUGUGCGCUUUGUGCGUUCCUUGAAGACAGCUAGCCUGAUAGCCGCCGAUUAUAUGCUCCUUAACGAUAAUGAUGUGCAAUAUGAGAGCAAGCUGAAAGCAUUGCAUCAAAAGAGUGCCGAUCGUCUGCUAGAGACAUGUCUGCUUAAUGGUGGACUCUAUAUUAAAGUUGGUCAGGGAUUUGCCGCCAUUAAUCACAUAUUGCCAGUGGAGUACACGAGGACAUUGUCCAAAUUGCAGGAUAGCUGCCUGCCCACCCCAUCGUCCGAUGUUCAAAAAGUGUUUCAAAAAGAUUUUGGUCUGUUGCCCGAAGAGAUCUAUGUUGAUUUUGAUUAUAAACCCGUGGCUGCUGCCAGUUUGGCUCAAGUAUUCAAGGCCAAGCUGCCCAAUGGUGAGCAGGUGGCAGUGAAAGUACAAUAUAAUGAUCUGCAGAAGCGUUUCAUUAGCGAUCUGGGUACCAUCAUAUUUUUACAGGACAUUGUUGAGUUUUUCUUCAAGGACUACAAUUUCGGUUGGAUUCUCAACGAUUUGCGCAAGAAUCUUGUCCAAGAGUUGAAUUUUAUUCAAGAGGGUAAAAAUGCAGAACGUUGUGCCAAAGACUUAAAGAAAUUUGAUUUUGUCCGUGUGCCCCAAGUCCAUUGGUCACAUACGAAAACGCGAGUGCUCACCCUGGAAUGGAUGGAUGGCUGUAAGAUAAGUGAUAUUAAAUCGAUAAAGGCGCAAAAUCUCAGUUUACAUGAUAUUGAUGUGAAACUGUUUCAAACGUUUUCCGAACAAAUCUUUUACAGCGGAUUCGUCCAUGCUGACCCCCAUCCUGGCAAUAUUUUUGUACGUCCAAAUGCCAAAGGACGAGCGGAUAUAAUAUUGCUAGAUCAUGGCCUAUAUGAGGAACUACCAGCCGAAGUACGUGGACCGCUUUGCGAAUUCUGGGAAGCCACUGUAUUACGCAAUGAAGCCAAAAUGAAGACGGCAGCUCAAAAGAUUGGCAUUGCUGAUUAUAUGCGCUUUGCCGAGGUUCUCUUUCAGCAGCCCAUACGUAUUCGAGGCGGACGUAUACGCAGUAAAUUGAAUCAGGAAGACAUCGAAUACAUGCAAAUGGUGGCCAAAAAGAAUUUUGAAUUGAUUAUGGGUACCCUUAAAGAAAUGCCACGCAGCAUGCUCUUUGUGGUACGCAAUCUGAACACGGUGCGUGCCAUUAGCCAUCAGCAUGGCGAUGUUGUGGAUCGUCCUCGUAUCAUGGCUCGCUAUGCCCAACGUUGCCUUUACAAUAAACAAUCGCCCAUUCAAUAUGUGCGCUGGCUAUGUCAUCGCAUUUAUUUUGAAUAUUGCAUGUGGUUGACCACCUUUAAGAUGCAGCUAAUCAAUUGGUAUUUCAAUGUGCUCUAUCUGUUGGGCCGUGCUCCAGCUUCGGCAAAAACAAUAAUGCAAGAUUUACUUAAUCCCGAUCAUUUAAAUCAUUAAUCAUUGUCGGACAAUUUGGUUCACCUGUUUUAUUUCCCUGUCUCUUUCUCUAUCUGUCCUUGACGUAUGUAAUUUUAUUAGUUUUGAAGUAGCAAAAUUUUAGUUUACCGAUGAAAUUAAAUGCAAUAUUAAUCAUGGUCUGUGUGUGUGUGUGUUUAUGUGUGUUACUUUAAAAGAACUGAAAGAAGCAAUAUCAUCAUAAUUUAGAAGGCAUUUUUUUUUUUUUAAAUUAUGGUUAUAUUGAAUCUGCAGCAUUUUUUUAUCCUAACACAUAUUUACACUCACAAUUUGUUGUGAAUAAUAGAAAAUGAGGCAUUAGCCUAAUUGUGUCUGUGUAUAUUUUGUUAUUCAUUCCAAAAUAAUAAACCUUGAAGGCCUUAUUUAUUAUAUAUUGUUAAAUACUAUGUGUACAAUUAAAGAUGAAAUUUCUACAUGAAAA